AAACCAAUGAGCGAAUUGUUUUGUUUAAAUUGAAUUGUUUAAAACUGGAUAACUGUUACUUGAUAUGAGCCGUGUUUAUGUUGAAGUUAUCACAUUUGAAUAAUGAGUGGCAGAGGUAAAACAGGUGGUAAGGCCAGGGCGAAGGCUAAGACUCGUUCCUCCAGAGCAGGGCUGCAGUUCCCCGUCGGUCGUGUUCACAGACUCCUCCGCAAAGGGAACUACGGCGAGCGCGUCGGUGCCGGUGCUCCGGUGUAUCUGGCCGCUGUGCUCGAGUAUCUGACGGCUGAGAUCCUGGAGCUGGCCGGAAACGCCGCUCGGGACAACAAGAAGACCCGUAUCAUCCCCCGUCACCUGCAGCUGGCGGUGCGCAACGACGAGGAGCUCAACAAACUCCUGGGCGGAGUGACCAUCGCUCAGGGCGGCGUGCUGCCCAACAUCCAGGCCGUGCUGCUGCCCAAGAAGACUGAGAAACCCGCCAAAACCAAGUGAACACGAGGACACAACACUCACAAAGGCUCUUUUCAGAGCCACACACUUUCUCUUUAAGAGCAUGUAUCUAUUGUACACACGAUUCGCGUUGUAUGUGUGUUACCAGUAGUGUGAAUUUGUACGAUGUACAUUUAGUCCUGUAGCAGAAACUUCUGACUUAAAUGAGGACAAUGGAAGCAAUCAAAAUCAUUAAAAGAGCAAUUAUACAGAAUUCCUAUAACAAGUCUCAGUUAGAUUAAUACAAUACAUAUAGUACGGCCUUUUAAGUAAUAUAAAUACAAAGAAAAUCGAAUGGAAAAAGACUAGGAAAUUAGUUUGAACCAUUAUAUAUGUUUUUAAAGCAUGUAGUUAGAAUAGAGCGUCAAAUAAAGACGGAAAAUAUUUUUUUUUGUGUGUGUACUAUUUACUUAAUUCAAUGUGAGUGGAUCAGCACAAAAGUAUCCUUAAAUGAUAAAAAUACACAUUGGUCAUAUGUUUUACUGGAAUAAUGAAGAUAAGUUUACAUUUUAAAACAUUCAUGUAGUGUAAUUAGAUCUGUUACAUAAGCCUUUUGGUGAUAAUAAAAUUAUUAAAGCAAAACAAAAACGGGUCAUUGAACGUUUGAGCGGGAAACGCAGACUG